AUGGCUCUUCCUUUUCUUCCAGGUCAAGUUUUUGACAGAAAGGUAGGAAAUGUUGGCUCUGAUUCAAAUUCGAUCAACGCAACGUUUGGUCGUGAAACUUUUCUGAAUCGACUCUUUCUCCCGACAGAUUGGAAAAACAAAAUUUCACAAGUCACAUCAAUUUGAUUACCGGAAUGAUGUAUCUGUGUAUGUUGGAGAAGACAAAAGUGGAAUCGGUAAGCCAUAUGCAGCUAUUAGUUUAUUUUUGUGUUUUUUCUUUUCAUUUCUCUUCAAUAACGGUUAACUCUAAUUUGUUUUUAGCGAAACUUUAAGUAAAGCUUACUUAUUUACAGCUUUAUACAGCUUUAUAAGUUAAGUGUGGUAGUAAAACUUAAGGGAAAAUCUUACUUUUCUCGUUCAUCUAUUUCUGUUUAGGUGGCGAUCCUUUACCAGGCCAAAAGCUGAAACCAAGACACAGUGCUUAUCCAAAGGGGAUCGGAGGAGAGGCCCCAGCAUGGGUUGCAUUUGAUAGACAGGUGAAGCUUAUUAUAAGAGAUGAUUUAAAGACAAAGUGGUUUAGGUGUGUGGAGGGGUGUGUUGCUGAGCUCUUAACACCUCGAACUCUGGAUCUGGAGGUCCGUGGUUCAAGCCUUGCCUGUUGUGUUGUUUCUUUAGACGAGGAACUUCACUCCAUUUUGUCUUCCUUCACCCAGGUGUAUAAAUGGGUGCUGGUGACAUACUGCUGGGGGUAACCCUGUGAUGGACUAGUAUCCCGCCCAGGGGGCCGGGGAGUAGCAAUAUUUCUAGGCAUGCUUAAUGCGAAGGAAAAUGGGAUAAGCUCCGACCAUUUGCACCUUUGGCUCAUGUGCACCUUACCUUUACCUUAGGUCUGCUUGAAACAUUGAACUUCGCAUGUGCCAAAUUUCAUGCUAAUACGAUUAAUUUAUUAUUUUGCACUCAUUUGCAUUACAGUGUAGACCUGGCACAUUUGAUGUGUAGCAUUUAAUUUAAAACAGGCCUAUCUUGUACAUUCAUGAGAUGCUCAAGUGCAAAAAUAGAGACCCACUGUGCUACAGGCACUGGUAAAUGGCCUGAACCCUCUCAGGUGAGGGCAGGGGGCAUCCUUAGAUAUGAGAAUACUCCACUCAGGGUUGUACUGGCCAGAGAUUUGAAGACUGAAUGGUUAAACGGGUGGACACUAUGGAUUGUUCUAUUAUGUUCAUUUUUUAAUUCCUGUGUAGCUCGAAAAGUAUUGAGGCUUUUGACACCCGUAACGUCAUGGCUCUAUGAAGCUUGAAAGCUUAUGAAUUUUCUUGCUUAUAUUGUUACACAGGUUCUAUGUUUUGAUGCCUACUUUCAAGAAGCUGUACAUGAGAAAAGAGAAGAACAGUACAGAAUCAGAAGGUUUGCCAUAUUUCCUUUAUUGAGUACAAGAUUGAGUAAAAUUUAAAUCCAUUUUUGCUCAGUUGACAAGCUCCUCUCAAAUGCUUGUCUUACUUCACUUUUUAGUUACGAUAUAAUUUGCCUCAGUCUUUGACCAUCAGGCGAGCAAGUAAGUAAAGUUACUUGCUUGGAAUGGAAAUCUACUUGUCCCAGGCUACACUUAACCUGAAAGGACUCUUUUGAGCCCUGUGAGUAAAAACUUGAAAUGCAAAGGUGGCUCAUUCUUAUGGAGGCAAGGGUAUGUGGCGCAGUUGUGAAGUCACUUACUUCUCACUUAAAUCUGGCGUGGGGUUGAACCCCAGACUCACCAAUAUGUGGGUAAAGUUUGUUGUUAGUCCUUGCCCUUGCUCCUGGAGGUUUAUCUCCAAGUCCUCCUUUCUCCCUCACCUAAAAAAACCAACACUCUGAAAUUCAAAUUCCAACCAGAGUGGAAAUGAAAGAGUGACUUGGUCGAUGUGUGACCACUAAAUUGUUUUCAAUCCCUACCAUUUUUUCAGGUUCUAACAAGAAAAUAAUGUAUUUUGAACCUAAUUUUUUUUAUCUCUGCUCACUUCAGGUGCAAAAUUUACUUUUAUUUGGAAGAUGAUAGCAUUCAAGUGAUUGAACCCAAAGUCGAGAACAGUGGAAUUCCCCAGGGUAUGAAUGACAUCAAUACUGUAGUAUGUGUGAUAUACCGGUCCAUCAUUAACAUAUUACAUCUAGAGAACAUAUCAGGAGUGAACGGACGAUUUUGUGAGGGGGCCAAUAGAUUUAGUAUACAGUGGCAAUAUGGGCACAAUAGCUCCCAUCAGGACUGUGCGCAGCCAGGGUGCAAAGAAAGUCAGUUUUACAGCCUGCCAUUCGGGCAAGCUGUAGCUAGCAUGUACUAGCCCACAAGUCAUUUCAAGUAGCCCCCAAACCCUUUUUGAUUAGCAGGACUGAUUACAAUCCCUCUGUAAUUUGAAUUUCCCCAAAAAACAGCACUUGCCCGUCGGGCAAGUUAAGAACAAAAAUCACUAGCCCGAUAGCAAAAUCCACUUGCCCCGAGCUAUCCGACACAACUUUCUUUGCACGCUGGUAGUGCACUUUGUAUGAGGGAGUUUCGGGCGCAUGCUCCUCCAGGAAAAUUUUUGAGAUUGAAGUGAUUGCUCAAUAAGAUUUUAAGAAGCUGAGAUGCAAUCUAGUGCAUUCUGGAAGCUUAAAUUUAGCAAAUGCCUGGAUUCCGCAUUGAACAUGUAUUGCUGAAAUAAACCACAAAAGGGGGGCCAGGCCCUUGCAUAUCAUUCAGUAAUAACUGACAAACUGACUGUCACCAACAGGAACCUUGAUUCGUCGUCAUCGUAUUCCACUUUCUCCACCAAAUGAUGAACAGUUUUAUACCGUGGAAAACUUCAAUGUUGGUCAAGAAAUCACAUUGUAUUCCCGCACAUUUAAGAUCACUGUAAGUAUUGGUGCAACUUGAAGAAAAAAUAACAAGAUUUUGUUUUUACAAAACAUGACAAAACUUAAUGUAAUUACCUUGAUUUUUUUACAGGGGUGUGAUGACUUCACUCACAAUUUUCUCCGCAAACUUGGAGUUCGAAUUAACAACCCAGAGGGUAUUCCAAGUGAUCCUUACACUGGCCAUCGUAAGAAGGUUUGUUAAAUUGACAUUAAACAGUUGACUUGUGCUUACUUUCCAUGGUAAACGAUGUUAAUUUAUGUUCUUAGUGGGACGAUGGUGAUGCACCAGUCCUUACUUUUUUAUUAUUUUACAGAGAUAUUAUCAACUUGUCAAUAGGCGAACUAAGUCUUGUCUGAUUUAGUUUCCUUUGGGGGCGGGGGGUUAUUGAUUGUUAAGGUAAUAAUAAACAAGAAUUUCGGCACUUUUUCACAGAUGAUCUUAACCAUGAGGUUUUGUUUUGUCAGUGGCACAGGCUACUUUGUCUUUAAGGUCAAUACUUUUGUCUGAAAUGUGUUAUUUUCUUCAGUUGGUUGAGAGCAUGCAGCCUUUGCGACCCUAUGAAAAAGAGGAUACCCUUAAACAGUUUCUUCAAUUUGAUCGAAACGUGCUGCGAUUUUAUUGUUUGUGGGAUGACUCUGACAGGUAAGUCGGAGUUUACGCUUUCUAUAAUAUUCUAACAUUUGAAGCAGUGACACAAAAAAAUACUGCUAUUUAUUAAAUCAACUUCCUCCGAAAGUUCUGAUUUAACCACACAUAAUGACAUUCUUCAGGUCUUUGCAACCAGUGAAGAAGUUUCUUGAAAAUUAAUAGAUGUGUUUUAUUAGUCAUUUCAGUUGUCCUUUUCUUUAGCUCAUACGUGUCAAUAUUGUGUCGUAUUGUUCAAUCACCAUGACAUGCUGAUCAUUUCUCUGUUUGUAGCAUGUUUGGUGAUGCUCGUGAAAUGGAAUUGCAUUACUUCCUUGCUGAUGAUACUGUAGAGAUAUGUGAGAGGAUUCCAAACAACAGUGGCCGUGAUGCUGUGCCAAUGUUCCUAAGGCGUGCAAGAUUACCAAAGGUUCUUUAUCACUAUUUUAACAAUUUUAUGAAUCUGCUGUAAUUCCUUGAAUAAUAGCUGUGGGCAAUUAUUUUUUUGGCACAAAAAUAGGGCAAUUGUUCAAGGGAGGUGAUUAUUUCAAAUAUUGCUCCCUGGAAGUUGUCCCCUAAAUAUUUGUGUUUUAUUAUGCCAUUAAAUCUAAAAAACAGAAGUAUACAGAAUAUGUUCAGUUCUUUUUAAGUGUUCCAAAUUCAGUUCCUUGACUAAUUUUCAAAGUCAAUAUCGUUGCCAUCAGAACUUAAAUCGUUACUAAUCAGUUUUGGUGGUAAAAAGAAAGAGAAGAUCGUGAGAGUUUGGUGAGGUUGACUAAUAAAUUAUUUGACAGAGUCGAUUAUUUUACAUAUUUCUGUCAAAGGGGGGUAAUUAUUUGAGGGAGGCAAUUGAUUGAGGUAUGGCAGUUAUAUGGUCAGGGUCAUUUUGUGCCUGCACUGUUUUGAUUUUAUCUCAUUAAAUGAGAUGUUUCUUCUUCAAAUCAGGAGCCUGCAGCAUUGCGCCAGCCAGGAGAGAUAACUGGACGAACAGUGUUGAAUGUUUUUGGACCCAUGGGACAUGGGGGAAGAUGGAUUUUAGAUAGCCUGAAGGUAAGAUGCUUGUUUUUGUUUGAGUAGAAUGUUGUCAAAUUUAAUUUGUUGUUAACCUGUUAGAAGUGAUCAAAUUUAAUAUUUAUUAAUUUCCUUGAAAUAAACAAUUUCAUUUUGAAAAGCUAAAUAUUUGUUCAUGUGAAAAACCCCUUAGGAAGUUUCAUGAUCAUUUGUAUUUUGUUGAUAGAAAGUUAGGGCUACACAUGUCAUUAUAAGCAAUUCUGUUAUACUUGUAAGUUUUAUUUAUAAAUAGGAAAGAGUAAAUCAUUUGGUUGAGAAAGUAGUAAUAAAUUGAAUAGUGAUUUUUAAAAGAUCGCAAUACCCUUAACUUACAAGUCUUUGCUUUGAUGUGUUGCACGUCUUCAUCAUGUAAUUACAAAAUAAUUUGAAAAACUUUUUGAAUUUAUAACAACCUAGAAAAGGUUGACUGCUGGCAAAAUGGUUAGCUAUGUAUAUUUUUUACUUAUCAGACUGGUGCAGUUCAUACAGAUUAUUAUCAUGACAGUGACCUUACUAUAGGCUCUGUUAUCAACAUUUGGGGCCGUAAACUACUUAUCUGUGACUGUGAUGAGUUUACAAAGGAAUACUACAAGUCAAAAUAUGGAAUUGGUAAGUUGACUCAAAUCCAUCUUGACUGGUUUUAUUUAACCAAUUAUAUCAUUUUGAAGCUAGUUGAGCUGCUUUAUAAAGAGCUGAAACUCAACAAAACACCGUUUACAGGUUGUACACUUCACAGCCUUCCGAUCCAGAUGCAAAAUAUUAGUCUCUGAAUUUUGGGCAUGUGCAGAAAGAAAAAUUUUGAGAUAAAAAAAAUAAGAUUACAAAAAAUAAUGACGCAACAGUUUUUUUUUCUUCUCCCCUCUUCUUUUGCUUUUCUUGCUUUUUAUUUUUUUCUUUUGCUGGGCAUUUAGUAGCUAGUCUUCAUUUUGGUGGGAAUGAAGGAUCUUAGGAUUAGAUGAAAGGAAAUGUAGGUAGGGUAGUGAUACAAGAUUUUUAUGGGAAUUUUCGGUUCAGCUGUAGUCAGCUGCAGUAGUGUAGUUUAUGUAAAGCCUGGUGAAGUUAAUGAAACAAGAACUAUGACACUAACGCAAAUCUUAUUAUUGAAUUUUUUAACCCAUAGAUAAUUUUGACAGCAUUAACUACAAAGCUGACCCAGAACCUUUCCCACCACGUGAAAUGCCACCUUACAAUGGAUUUGGCUCUGAAGAAGACUCCCUUGCCUCAUGCCUCAGCCUUCGGCCUAAGCCUCCUCGCAGGGAUUUCAAGAAAUUCAUGGAGAAGGAUAGGUGUGAAUUUAACCCCUUUUCUCCCCAGAGUGACCCAGUACAGAUGCUGUUGCUGAACAUCUAUCAUUGGAAUGGCCAUGUUUUAGGAUUUUGUGCACAAACUUUGAAAAGUUAAAUUCACCUCUUGCUUUGUAAAACAUACCUAAAAAUUAUGCAGGAAUGUUCUGCCCCAGGUGACUUUUACUUGAAACCUGUCACAGUUUUGGUAUUUGUCUUGCAGACAUGGCCUGGAAAGCAAUGUUCUUCGCUUUGUUGCGCGUCUUGACACAACACGCCCCAUUGAUAUGGAUAGAAGGUAUGCCGUAAAUUAAGGUGUCUUGCUUGAGUUGUGGUACAAUUUGAGCACUUUUAGUCAAAAACUCUUUUAUUUGUUUGGUGACAAGAACUGCUGGGAACAUACAUUUGUACUUUGGUAGACUGUACUUACAGUGUAAAAUGAUUGCAAGUUUAUAACAUUGUCUAUUUUAUGACAAUCUUACAUGACAGAGUUCCAUACUUUCCACAAUGGUCCAAGUUGCUUAAACCACAGAGAUUCUUCCCAACAAAAGUCUCCUAUUUGAUCGCUUGAGUAGUGCAGUGGCUUGUGUGAGCUAUGACCUAAGCCUCUUUUGGUUAUCCAGGAAUAACAGCAUAUUUUUUAUUAUAGGUUCAUUAUUUCGUAUUUCCUCUCUGAUGACACAAUCCUUGUGUUUGAGCCACCCCAGAGGAAUUCUGGAAUACUUGGCGGAAAGUUUUUGGAGCGGGGAAGAAUCAAGAAACCUGAUGGUGUCAACUACUUUGUUGCUCCAGUAAGCAAAGUCUUCUCUUUGUUCUUGUUUCUGGAAAAAGGAAUACAGAUGGGGCGAUUUUUUAAGAUUGGUUCUGGGGGUCUGAUUGGACCCUGGAACCCAUAGCCUACGCCAUAUAAUGUUCAGCUGCAGUUUGCUAGUACCCUAUAGCUAGUCUAGUCAAGGAACAAAGAAUACCCACCAUAUCUCAGACUAUGAACCAGAAACUCUAAAAUAUAACUAUAAUGAUUAAUUUCCACAGAUGAUGACCUGUUCUAGACUAAAAUUCUCUUAUGUCUAUUCCAUGUUCUAGUUAUUGCCAGAGCUAAGGGCUGCAUUUUUGGUAAAAAAAAAAAGUAUAAAGACACCCAAUUCUGAUUAUUAUUUUAAUGACGUAAGUUGUGACUGUCUAACAUUUUUUUUAAUUUUUAUGUAGGACUUGUACAUUGGCGCAAAUGUGGAGUUCCAUAGAUAUAAGUUCGUCCUAAUUGACGCUGACGAGUAUGCCGUCAUGUACAUGGAGAAACAUUCAUCUGAAUUUCCUCAAGCCAAUAUUCAGUUCAUCCUCCCCAAACUCAAACAAAUCCUAGAAAGCAAAUAUGAGGAAGUUAAAUCAGAGUUCCAGAGAUUUGAUCAGAGCAACUCUGGCAAAAUACCUGCCAGUAGAUUUAGGUAACUUUCGAACACAAAUAACUGCAAAGUAAGAUACAAAUUAUUUUAAAGAUGAAAAAUAAAAGACAGUAGAUUCGUUUUGCACUUGUAAGCAAUCACCAGACAUAGUCCUUGAAAGCUCUUUAACUGUCUUUCCGUUUUAUCUUUAAUUUUGUAUCAAUUGUCAGUUAUAAUUAAUAAUUACUGUUAUCUAAAUUAAUAAUGUCAUAAAUUUUCUUGAAAUGUGCUAUUCUUAUUAUACUAGCAUAUUUUAAUAGAUUGUGGAUUAUUUUGAUAUAUUUGUCUUUUCCCAUCUUUGAGCAAUACAAACAAACUUAUAUUUCUUUGACAGGGAAAUUCUUCAGCAUUAUGGAGAAGGCUUGCUGACAAUUCAUGAACAACUGACAGUAUCCAGACACUUUGGAGAUUCUAUGGUGAGAGGAACAACAAUGGUUAACCCUUAAUUAAGCCCCAGUAUCCACAUACAAAUUCUCCAGACUGAUCUACAUACAUUUCCUUACAGAAUUAGUUGAGAGAAUUUGAUAAAAGAUCAAAGCAUUUUCCCUUUGUUGGUGAUCAUUUUAUUCAUUCUCGUUACCAUUCCUCUUCAUUAUGUACUGAUAUUGUCAGGAGAAAGUUGAUGUUGGUCACUUUUGAACUUAAUGGGUUAAUGACUGCUGAGUAGUUGGUAAUUCACAAGGGGGAGGGGGGGGGUACUCCCCAUAAUGGCCUAUACAAGGAGAGACUGUUCAAAAGGGGUAACUUUUUCAGUCUUUAGGUAUAAUAAAGGAUCAUGAUUUUGCCAGUUAAAGUUUAUGAAAGGGUAGGCAAAUCUGUCAUAUUGGUCUGUAGAAAGGCCCAAAUGGCCCUUGGAUGCAUUGUGACCAAGAAAAAGUCGAGAAAACACCGACUCUGGUUUUGUGAUUUACUUAUGUUUUGAAGACAGUGCAUUUACAGUAGUUAAAUGGGAUGCAAAUUUCCUAAGUGAAAGGUGAGUGAGAAAGGGGUCACCAAAAGUGGUAUUUAAAAGGGUAAGGGGUUGGACCUCGGGGCGGAGACUCCGCAUAUAAAACUUUGGUGAGUAACACCCUCCCCUGCCCCCUGGGAUAGUUCACAAUAACUGAUGAUUGUUAAUCAUUGCAUGUUUUAAUGCUUCUCAGGAAGAAGAAGAUGAUCUCCAGAUGUUGAUUGUUACAAUCCAAGAACAGCUCAGAAAAGCAAACUUUGAGGAUUUCUCCAACAUGAUGGACUCUUGUAGACACGAGGAUGUGCUUGGGUGAGUGAGCACGGUUUGUAAGAAAACAUUUUCUGGCAGUUUCCCAUUCUGUCAUUAUGCAAACUUAUUUUACAUCAAAUGAAGAAAGAGGAUAUAAUAAGUUUUAAAUAAAACUGCGUUGCUGGGGAUUGAGUUAAAUAUUUUAAUCCCCUGGCAUUUUGUAAGCUCCAAUCCAUGUUGAAAUAUCCAUUUAACCUACAUAAAGUGGGUGUGGAUAUACUAUAAGACCACUUGAUACCUUUUCAGCGCUGUCAACCCCCCAUGUCAUCAAAUAUUGAGAAUUGAUAGGGAAGGAAUGUUAGAUGACGUCAUAUCGCACAACAAAUGACAUCAUUUGUGCCAAAAAUGCUUGUUGAUUCCCAUUGACGUAUAUAGCACAUCAACAGUUCAUAUUUAGCCACAUUAUUGCUUAAAUUAUAGUGGCAUACCAAAAUUUGUGAGGAAACAUUCCAUGUUAACAGUAGCUCAAACAACACAAAAUAUUUGAAAUUUUAUGGUCAGAAAGUCGAGUCUACAACAAAUAGCAACUUUGGCGCUUAUCCAGGAGAUAUCAGACUCUAAUAUAGAGACCAGGAAAUACGGUCCAAAAUCUGGAGUCUCCUGGAUUAUCCGGAAGAGUUGACAGCAAUGCCUUUUAGACUUUGAGGAAGAUUUGACAAUGAAAUCCCACGAUAGAACCUCUUCUGCAGUACUUUUUCAUGGUACUGUUUUAUUGCUUGGGGUGUUCUUGGGAUUUUAAAAAUCCAAUCACCAAGUUGGUACCCUGGGUGCCAGAGGCUUUUCAUGCGUGGUUUCCAGUUUCAGUCAGAUCUUAAAAAGUGACCCACUUUGCCACUCGUGUUUUCAGCCUUUGAAGCUCCCCUAUGCACGUGAGAAAAAACCUCUGGUACCCAGGGUACAAAGUUGGCAGUUCGUGAAAAGUUUCUGACAAGUGAAUGUUUUGGCUGAAUGUGGCAGUUUCUAACAUAACCUGAUUUUAAACACUUUUUUCUUUUCCACAGCACUGGAUUUCUUCCCAUUCAAGAACUGUACAACACUUGUAGACGGUUCAAUGUGCCAGCCAAGAACGACUUGCUACAGGCACUCAUGGAAAAAGUUGAAAGAAACGAAAGAAAUGAAGCUAACUAUGAACAGUUCUUGAAAUUACUGAAUUGGAGAGAUUCCCCAGGUGAGAAGAAAUUCUUCAUUCUGCGUUCAGUAACACCCCAGAAUGAUCAACAUCAAUUUUCUCCCGGCAAAAUCAAUACAAAAUCAAGACAAAAGGCUAUAAGAAUUGAUAAAGUGAACGCUAAGGGGAAAAUGCUUUGAUCUUUAAUAUCAAAUCCUCUCAACUAUUCGAAAGUUAAUUUAUCCUUGUAGAAUGAAAAUCCUUCAAAUUCAUUAUUUUCAGAAGUUCGCAGUUGUAAAGAAUUGUUUCUCCCUUUCUCAGUUUCUUCACAGAAAUUCGUCCCUGCUGCUGCUCCAGAUCCGAAAUCUUCGGUAAGUUGACAUCAUUUUACUUUGUAUAGAAUAUUCUUAAUAAAUUUCUCUUUUACACAUUUAAUUGGAGUUUAGAGUAAAAUUAACCAAGUUUUAUUGUUUCCUUACGCAUUUGUCAUUCUUUUCAGCAACGAAUUGGUCCCAAGGAUUUACCUCGAUUAGUAAGCUACAAGAAUCUGUUACAAAGUCUUCUUGAAGUGAAUUGAAUUGUGUCACAGACAAAGAAUUUGUAUCCUUGUGAAGAUCAGAUGCAUUAACAUGCAACUCUUUCAGUCAGUGUUCUAUUGUAUUAAGGUUUAGAAAGACAAGUUCAACACUCGAAUUGUCGGAUUUUAUUUGUAAAUAAUUCUCUCCUUUGUAUGAAAAGAAGUAAAAGAAAUGUCAACAAUAUUUAUCAUUUUAGUUCUUCU